GUUCUAAAAGGGAAAAAUGUCGACAGAAAGAUGGCUUCCAAUCGAAUCAAACCCUGACGUUAUGAACAGUUUUCUUAGAAAGGUUGGAGUCCCCGAGGAAUGGGAGAUAAAUGAUGUGUUUGGAUUAGAUGAUGAACUCCUCCAGAUGCUUCCUCAACCCGUCCUUGCUCUCCUUCUCCUCUUCCCUAUCAAUGAUAAACAGGAGCAGACACCAGGCUCCGACCCUGAACAGAUCUCAAGUAAAGUAUUCUACAUGAAGCAAACUAUUAGCAACGCCUGUGGAACAGUGGCGCUUCUUCACUCCGUAGCAAAUAAUACUGAUAGUAUAAAACUCAAAGAAGGUGCACUCAAGGAGUAUCUGACAGACAGUGAUGAUAAGAGUCCUGAGAAAAGAGCUGAACUACUAGAAGCUGAUGACGCAAUUUGUCAACAACACGACGAUGCUGCAAAGGAGGGUCAGACUAGUGCUCCUGGACGAGAGGAUAGUGUCGACUAUCAUUUCGUCACUUUCGUCCAUGUUGACGGACAGCUGUAUGAAUUAGAUGGUCGGAAGAGUGGACCUGUCGUCGUUGGUCUGUCUUGUAAAGAAACUUUCUUGAAGGAUGCUGCUGGAGCCUGUAAACAGUAUAUGUCUCGGGACCCGGAGAAUAUUAAUUUCACUGUCCUAGCUCUCACUGCUAAGAUGGAGUAAACAAGAUCUUUUAACACUGUGAUACAUUUCAGAA